AUGAACUGUUCGUGUUUGACCGUGGUGACAGCGGUUUUGCUGGCCGUGACCGCGUCGCCGGUCCCGGCUGCGAGACAGGGACGAGUUCCCCUGUACCGUACCGCAAGGAAGAUCCACUCGGAAUAUCUGGUAACUCUCAAGGAUGCGGCGGAUCUUGACACCGUAUCCGAGAAGAUCGCCACGGCGGGCAUGAAGCGGGAUCAGACGGGCCAAGUCACCCACAGACUCCGCAAUGUCAUGCCGAUUCUGGUGGUUCGUCUCUCAGAUGAGGUGCUGGAAAUGGUGCGCGAUCUGGACGAAGUGAAGUCCGUUGCAGAGAACGGGGAAGUGACCGCGGACUCGUUCACGUACCAGUGGGGCCUCGACCGCAUCGACCAGGCAGACCUGCCCAUGAACCAGGACUACACCACGAGAUACACUGGUCAAGGAGUUAACAUCUACGUGAUUGAUAACGGCUUUGUCGUGGAUGACCCUGAGUUUGGUGGGCGGGCCAGCAUGCACGAAUGCAGCGCCGGAGACGGUAUCGAUCCUUACAAUGGCGGCCAUGGCACCCAUGUAGCGGGCAUCAUUGGCAGCAACACCUUCGGAGUGGCCAAGAGGGCGCAACUUCACCUCCUGCAGUCCACCACCGUAACCUCGGUGUCUGUCAUGCUGGACUGCUUGGCGGAGAAGAUGGUCAAGCCUGCGGUGGUCUCCAUGUCCAUGGGUAACUUCCCCCACUCGUUCAAUGACUUCGUGGCCUCCUUCAUACGAACCACCGACGUCAACUUCGUGACUUCUGCCGGGAACAGGCCAGAGGACGCCUGCAACAACUCUCCGUCUGGGGCCAAAGAGGUCAUUACCGUAGGAGCCACAUCUGGAUCGGACUACCCUUACACCAAGACCAACUUCGGGUCUUGUGUGGACCUGUUUGCUCCCGGGGUAGGGAUCAUCAGUAUCGGCGUACGGGACGGCAGCAAGACUGACGUUCGCACGGGAACCUCCCAGGCAUGUCCACACGUCGCCGGUACGCUGGCACUCCUGAUGGAAAAGGAAGGGCGCCACAUCGGCUACCCAGAGGGAGAGCUGCUGCUGACCCAAACGGCAGCCCAGAACAAGAUCAAAGGAGAACUCCAUGGCACACCCAACCUGCUUCUCCAGGUGCCAGUCUAA